AUGGCUGAUUACUGGAAAAGUAACCCAAAGAAGUAUUGUGGAGUCUGCAAGUGUUGGAUCCAGGAUAAUUUUGUUAGUGUCAACAAUCAUGAAAGUGGUCAACGGCAUAUAAAUAAUGUACAGAAGAAACUAAAUGAACUUCGGAGAAAUGCCAAGUCAUCAUCAGAGGGGAAAAUGCGGGAAAAGAUAUCUCUCAUAAAUGAUAUGGCUUUUGUUGGGAUGAUGAAAGACAUUGAACAUGAUCCUAGCCUCGCCAAACGCUACGGUGUUGACCUCUCAGGUUUGUGGUUCGUUUGUCUCAUCACCUUACUAGACGAGCAACUUGAUAGCAUGAAACAAAAGUUAAAGGGAAUACAGAAGAAGAAAGAGGAGAAGAACAAAAAGAAAAAUAAGAACAAACCCACACCGGCUGUUGUUCCGCUUCCUCACACGGCCCCGAAGCCCUUUGUUUAUGAGUGGAAGGAAGUCAAGACAAGUGACGGAAAAAUAUAUUACUGGAAUAAGAAGACAGGCGCCACUCAGUGGGAGCGUCCUCAGGCGUCCAUUCAGUCGGCGAACGACUCGGAGUGUGUUUCACACGAGAAGAAAAGACUCGACCAGUUUUUGUUUAAUCGGCUUGUCGAGUUAAGUGAAUCGGGCAGCUCCGAGGCCAGCGCUGCUGUUUGUCAGGCCUUCGGUGCAUCCACUGACAAGAGCCGAAGCCCCUCACCGCCACCUGAUGUAAUGAGCCACGUCAUUAACAGGGCCACCGUGGCAGCGGAUGAACAGGCUAAUGCAGAUCCCAGUGAAUCGAAACGCCCACGAAUCAACCUACUGGGUGAAUGGCAGCCAGUUAUCCCCGACGAGCAGCCACCGCAAGCGGCAGCAGCUGUUGAGGAAGUAUCCAAUCACGAGGAGGCAAAACCAGUGAAAACAGAAAACAAAAUUAAGCUGCGAAUCACGUCUCUGGCCAGCAAGGCUUUCAGGGGCGACGAGGCGAAACUGCAGGAGAUUACUGAGAAGGCCGAACUCCUGUCGCGGUUGUCGGAGAUCAGCGAAGCAAGCCUCUCCUCCGCCCAGCGCCUCGAAUUCAAGGAGAAACAGGCGAGUGUCUCGUCGGCUGCUAAGAAAGCAGUUCAAAAACUUGAAUCGUGCCUCAAACCGGACCCGGAUGCAGCCGAUGCACCAGCCACCUCCCUCCCGCCGCCUAUCACUUUCAAGCGAAAGUCAAACGCAGGCCGGAAUUUCAGAAACCGGACCAAUGACGACUGA